AGACAAGAGAGAAGGUAAAAGAACAAGAGAGGAACAAGAGCAUGUUGUGAUAGUGAAGGACCUUCCCCCCACCUGCAUUCAAUGCUUGUCUUACUCUCUCUCUAGCACAGCAUAUAGUAUCUGAACAAGAAGGAGGUCAUGUCUUGCUCUGUGAAGCGUGGGCUCAAGAUGGUGUUUUGUUUCAUUCUUCUGCUUUUGUCAUCCAACUUUGGUUGUGCCACUGCUCGGCGUCUAAGGUUUCACAAGCAUCAUCACAAGGUUGCUUCUUUGGUACAAGACGCCAGGAGGGUGCUAGGUGGAGAGGAGACAGGGGAAGAUGUAGUAGUCAUGGAUUAUCCUCAGCCUCAUCGCAAGCCUCCCAUCCACAACGAGAAGGCUUGAUUAUAUAUAUCAAACAUCAUAUACUGUCAUAUGUUAGUGACAAAAAAAAAAAAAAAAUACUGUCAUAUGCAUUCACCAUUUUGGUGGUUGUAAUGACUCUUGUGCUAAUUUAUAUUAUAUUUCAUGACCAAAGUAUGUUGUUAUUCUCUGGAAUGUGCUGAUUUGGGAACUCUUCACCGCCUUUUUAGCUCUAGGCAAGAAUAGUAGAACGUAACCAACAUGGUCGUUGUCCAAAAAAAAAAAAA